CGGUUAUUCCCGGUGCCGACGGACGGAGGAUAAAGCCUGCGGCCCGGCCCCCACCACGUCACUCGCUAGCAAGUUGCCCAGGGAAGCGGUCUGUCUACAGGUGUUGAAGCAAACCAGAAGCAAGCAAGAUGUGUGACGACGAUGUUGCUGCCCUCGUAGUUGACAAUGGUUCCGGGAUGUGCAAGGCCGGUUUCGCCGGAGACGACGCCCCGAGGGCCGUCUUCCCAUCCAUCGUCGGAAGACCCAGGCACCAGGGUGUCAUGGUUGGUAUGGGCCAAAAGGACAGCUACGUAGGAGAUGAAGCCCAAAGCAAAAGAGGUAUCCUCACCCUGAAGUACCCCAUUGAACACGGUAUCAUCACAAACUGGGACGACAUGGAAAAGAUCUGGCAUCACACCUUCUACAACGAGCUGCGAGUCGCUCCAGAGGAACACCCCAUCCUCCUCACCGAGGCUCCCCUCAACCCUAAAGCCAACAGGGAGAAGAUGACCCAGAUCAUGUUUGAGACCUUCAACACCCCAGCCAUGUAUGUCGCCAUCCAGGCUGUACUCUCCCUCUAUGCCUCCGGUCGUACCACCGGUAUUGUACUUGACUCAGGAGAUGGUGUAUCCCACACCGUACCCAUCUAUGAAGGUUAUGCCCUUCCUCACGCCAUCCUCCGUCUGGAUCUUGCUGGACGUGACUUGACUGACUACCUUAUGAAGAUCCUCACCGAACGUGGUUACAGUUUCACAACCACCGCUGAAAGGGAAAUCGUCAGGGACAUCAAGGAAAAACUGUGCUAUGUUGCCCUGGACUUUGAACAGGAAAUGGCCACCGCUGCUGCCUCCACCUCCCUCGAGAAGUCUUAUGAACUUCCUGACGGUCAGGUCAUCACCAUCGGUAACGAGAGGUUCCGUUGCCCAGAGGCUCUCUUCCAGCCUUCCUUCUUGGGUAUGGAAUCUUGCGGUAUCCAUGAGACUGUCUACAAUUCCAUCAUGAAGUGCGAUGUUGACAUCAGGAAGGACUUGUACGCCAACACCGUCCUCUCCGGAGGUACCACCAUGUACCCAGGUAUUGCUGACAGGAUGCAGAAGGAAAUCACCGCCCUCGCUCCAUCAACCAUCAAGAUCAAGAUCAUCGCUCCCCCAGAAAGGAAGUACUCCGUAUGGAUCGGUGGUUCCAUCUUGGCUUCCCUGUCCACCUUCCAGCAGAUGUGGAUCUCCAAGCAGGAAUACGACGAAUCCGGCCCAGGCAUCGUCCACCGCAAAUGCUUCUAAACAUCACGCUACAUAUUUCUUAUACUUAUUCGUCUUUUGUACUAUGUACAGGCGCGGACAACAGAUAACACCCCAAUUAUAUAUUAUUUUUUUGACGUAAUAUAAUAUUUUUCAAGUGAGCUGGUAUUGUUCGAGCACACAGGGAUGUACAUACCGUGAAAGAUGAGAGGUUGUUUCUUUUAUUGUUUAUAUAAGAUCUUUAUAUGAUUAAUUUAACUUAUUGUAAUAAAUUGAAUCUUGCUUGAAUUUUUCUUAAAUAUUUUAUUUCAUCUACUACCUAUUUCCACUUAUCAUAUAUAAUAAUGCAACAUGCAUGAGAAAUACAAGUUAAAAAAAUUAACAGUAUCAAUAUUGGUUCAAGGUUUUGAAUAUCAACAAAAUGAAAAUAAUCCAUUCAAGAAAUCGUAUAUUUGGAAUCAUCAACUAAUUGAUAA